AUGCGCGCAGCUCCGAAGGCCGACGCGGCCACCGAGCUGACGCCUCUGGUCGGCGCGGCGGCGUCCGGCGGCUCGCGCUCCAACUUUGGCUCCGGCUCGGGCGCGCCGCUGCUGUCGCCCAGCUACGCGGCGUCGUCGCCGUCCGAGGAGCCCGAGCCCAAGGCGGCAAGUCCGCCCCGCCCCGGCAACUUAGCGACGCUCUUGUCGCAGCAUGAGGACGAGCCCCAGAGCGACGCAGAAGAGGACGGAGAAGAAGAAGAAGAAGACGCCACUGAGGGCCAAUACGCCUACUUCGCGUCGCCCGCCAAGGUGCUGGGCUCGGCCUGCGUCAAGGGAGACUUCUUCCUGGCCCAGAGCGCCGUGGAGAUGGCCAUCAGUAAAGCAACUCAAGCGGCCGAGCGGCAGGAGGAGAAGAGGGCCGAGAGGGAGCUGGCGGACGUGGUGCGGCGCCGGGUGACCGACAGCGUCUUCCGCCUGCUGACGGUGCACGAGGCGCGCCAUCAGAUGAACGCGCUGCACCUCGCAGUGCUCUACGAGCACCCGACGGUGGUGACGUACCUGGUGUCGGAGGCCAAGAAGUACUUCCCCGAGGAUAAGGAGGCGUUGGUGAAGAUGAGGAGCGCUGACAAGAAGAGACACAUCCAUCUGCGCGGACGCCAGAAUGGCCAUGGGACGCCUGAAUGCGCCUCGGAUAAGGAGGAGAUCGAUGACGAGACCAACAGCAACGCCAGUACUGAGACCCAGGAGCAGGAACAGGAACAGGAAUUGGCGUGUGGCACGCUGCAGGACUUUCUAGACAGUCGCUGUGGAGAGUCCAAGCACCGCGCCACGGCGCUCAUGUUGUGUACGUCUGUGGCGUGUGCCACCACGUUGAUCGAUAGUGGCGCGUCGCUGGAUGCGAUGAACUCGUCUGGGUUGACGGCGAUGCAUUACGCGGCGAGCACGGGGAAUGCAGCCGACCAAACGGACAGCCGCGGGGCGACGGCCUUGCACUGGGCCGUGUUUGAAGGGUUCCAAUACACGGCGAUGCUGUUGGUGGGCUACGGGGCGAACCAGAAGAUCUGCGACUCGGAGAAGCAGACGCCGCUAAUGAUCGCCAGCGCUCUUGGAGAUGCGUUCUUGGCCAAGCAACUGGUGGCGGAAGGAGCGCCCGUGAAAGCCAAGGACAAGCACGGUAGAACGGCGAUGGACAUUGCACGGCAAGGCACACACUUCGACACAGCAAGUGCAUUGAAAGCAGUUUGCAUCAAGGACCCGGGGUACGUACCGCGCUCCACGCGCCCCGCCUACGAAUUGCUGGCUGCGGAGGAUAACGCUGUACCGUGCCCGACCUGUGUCACGCGCAAGCCUCAGCGAUCCAAACACUGCUCAGCCUGCAGACGCUGCGUGUAUCGCUUCGACCACCAUUGCCCGUGGAUAAAUAACUGCACCUUGUCAAGCUUCUGCUUCACGAUCGGUGCUCUGUCACUGAGUAUUUUGCUGGACCCUGUGUCCUUGCACCCGUCCGCCCCCAGUGUUGGUGACGGCCCUGGAGACACGGCGCCGUGGCCUUGGCGGUGGUUGCAACCCCCUGAAUGA